AUGCACAUGCCAUCCCGUGAUUGUUGUUUCUUUUGGCUGAAUUGGUUUUUCUGCUUCUUUUUUACCAUUGGUUUAGCUGAAGACCCUUAUGUGUCCUUUGAUUGGUCCAUCUCUUACAUCACUGCCUCCCCUCUUGGAGUCCCACAAAAGGUGAUUGGAAUUGAGGGACAGUUUCCAGGGCCAAUUCUGAAUGUUACAACUAACUGGAAUGUUCUCAUUAAUGUGAGGAAUAACCUUGACGAGCCUUUGCUUCUGACAUGGAAUGGCAUUCAACAGCGAAAAAAUGCUUGGCAAGAUGGAGUUUCUGGCACGAAUUGUCCCAUUCCUGCCGGAUGGAACUGGACAUAUCAAUUUCAAGUCAAAGAUCAGAUUGGCAGUUUCUUUUACUUUCCUUCCCUUAACUUCCAGAGGGCUGCUGGUGGAUAUGGAGGGAUUGUUGUCAACAACAGAGAGGUCAUUGCUGUACCUUUUCCAGCACCUGACGGAGAUAUUACCCUCUUCAUUAGUGACUGGUACACAAAGAGCCAUAAGGAACUGAGAGAACAAGUUGAAAGUGGAGCUGGCCUUGGAGCUCCAGAUGGUAUCUUAAUCAAUGGACAUGGUCCUUAUCGAUAUGACAAUGCAGCUGUACCCGAUGGUAUUGCUUACCUAACAAUAACUGUUGACCCAGGCAAAACGUACCGGAUAAGAGUGCAUAAUGUUGGUAUAACCACUAGCUUGAAUUUUAGAAUCCAAAACCACAACUUGCUUCUCGUAGAAACUGAAGGAUCAUACACAGUACAGCAGAACUACACAAACAUGGAUAUCCAUGUUGGGCAGUCCUACUCAUUCUUGGUCACCAUGGAUCAACCUUCUGGCAGUGAUUUUUACAUUGUUGCGAGUCCACGUUUUGUAAAUUCCACUGCUUCGAUUAAGGCUCCUGGAGUUGCUAUUUUGCACUACUCAAAUUCAAUGGGGCCUGCAUCAGGUCCUCUUCCAGACCCUCCUAAUGAAUAUGACACUCAUUUCUCAAUGAAUCAAGCACGAUCCAUAAGAUGGAAUGUCUCUGCUGGAGCUGCACGCCCAAACCCACAAGGGUCUUUCAAAUAUGGCCAGAUUACCGUGACUGAUGUAUAUGUAAUCCUCAAUAGGCCUGUUGAGCUUAUAGAUGGAAAGUGGCGCAAUACUCUAAACGGCAUUUCAUACUUUGCACCAUCAACACCAUUAAGGCUUGCUCAGCAAUUUAACGUUCGUGGGGUCUAUAAACUUGACUUCCCCAAUGAAUUGAUGAACAGACCAGCAAAAGUUGAUACAUCUGUGAUUAAUGGCACUUUCAAAGGAUUUAUGGAAAUAAUUUUCCAAAAUAAUGACACAUUUGUACAGAGUUACCAUCUUGAUGGUUAUGCUUUCUUUGUUGUCGGGAUGGAUUAUGGUGUUUGGUCAGAGAGCAGUAGAGCUACAUACAAUAAAUGGGAUGGUGUGGCUCGCUGCACUACCCAGGUAUUUCCUGGAGCUUGGACAGCAAUAUUGGUUUCGCUAGACAAUGCUGGCAUGUGGAAUCUUCGGGCACAGAAUCUUGACUCAUGGUACCUAGGUCAGGAAGUUUACUUAAGUGUGGUGAAUCCCGAAAAUGACAAAGAUGAGGUUCCUUUGCCAGAUAACACCAUAUACUGUGGUGCACUGUCCCCUUUACAGAAGGACCAAGCUCAGAGAAUCAACUUCUUCUCUCGCUCUUCAUCCCGUUCUAAGAGCAUGGCAACAAUUCUUGCUGCAAUCUUCGCGGUAUUGUUUUUGACCUGCUUGUGA